AGUCACGUGGCUAAUUGAUAUUCAUAUAUAGAUAUAGCAAUAGUAGUGUAAUAGUAGUUUCAUGUGUGGUACGAUUAUGUGUUACUCUUUCAAAGAAUGCGGUGUGAUUUCCUAAAAAUGGAGUAAAUGUGCGAUAAAUGGAGUCAUCAAUCUUUCAAAAACAUUUUUAUACAGAAAAUCAUGGUAGAGAAUCUACAUCGUUGGAUCCAUCAAUAUCCUCAAAUAAGCAGUUGAUCCUGCAUGCUGACUGCACGGUUUCAACACUCUGCCUGAGCCAUUUAGCACUCCAUUAUUCUUUUGGCAACUUUGUUUUGCUAUAAAAUAAAUCACAAUAAAUAAACUAUGGCUGCCUACAUCAAUCGCACAGUUUCAAUGAUUGGAGGAGACAGCCAACUUCGUGUAAACGAUGCUAGAAUUGACAAUUCUCCUCUCCAGAUUUUCGUCAAAGCGAAAAAGAAAAUCAACGAUAUAUUUGGAGAAAUUGAAGACUAUGUCCAGGACACAGUGAUUUUUAUGGAAAGUCUUCAAGAUGAUCAUAAUAUCAUUAAGAAAGAAGAAAUUGAAAAUAUCAAGGGUUAUGUUAAUAAAGUUCAUGGUAUUCGUGAUGUUCUCAAGCGGGAUCACAUGAAAGUAGCUUUUUUUGGAAGAACCAGCAAUGGAAAAAGCACAGUUAUCAAUGCAAUGCUUCGUGAUAAAAUUUUACCUAGUGGAAUAGGUCACACGACCAAUUGCUUCUUACAAGUAGAAGGUUCAGAAAAUGGCGAAUCGUAUCUAAUGACUAAUGGCUCGAAUGAAAAGCAGAACGUCUCGUCAGUUGGUCAACUAGGUCAUGCUUUAUGUAAAGAAAAAUUGUGUGAAAGCAAUUUGGUGCGAAUAUUCUGGCCAAAAGAAAAGUGCCUCCUUUUGCGUGAUGAUGUUGUUUUUGUCGAUAGUCCCGGCGUUGAUGUGACACCUAAUCUAGAUGAAUGGAUUGAUAAACAUUGUCUUGAUGCUGACGUUUUUGUGCUAGUUGCCAAUGCUGAAUCAACUUUGAUGGUGACAGAAAAAAACUUUUUCCACAAAGUAUCCACUAGAUUAUCAAAACCAAACAUAUUUAUUUUGAACAAUCGUUGGGAUGCAUCAGCCUCCGAGCCAGAAUUCUUUGAAGAACUGGCCAAUGAACAAAAAGAAGUACGAGCUCAACAUCAAGACAGAGCUGUUGAUUUUCUUUCAAAAGAACUAAAAGUUUAUACUCCGAAGGAUGCUGAAGAUCGUAUUUUCUUCAUCUCUGCUAAGGAAACUCUUCAAGCUCGUAUGCAAGAGCAGCGUGGUCAACCUGCACACAAUGGUGCCUUGGCUGAAGGUUUUCAGAAUCGGUAUUUUGAAUUUCAAGAUUUUGAGAGAAAGUUCGAAGAAUGCAUAUCCAAAUCUGCAGUAAAAACCAAAUUCGAACAACACUCCCAGCGAGGAAAACACAUUGCUACAGAAAUCCGUCAAACUUUGGAUGAAAUAUUAAAUCGUGCUCAAAAAAUGCGUGUCGAACAGUUAGCUAUCAAAAAAGAAGUUCAUGAUAAGCUCAAUUUUACUGAAGAACAAUUGACGUUAAUUACCCAAGAGAUGAAGAACAAAAUUCAUCAUAUGGUUGAAGAUGUAGAACAACGUGUUUCAAAAGCAUUAAACGAAGAAAUUAGACGUCUUGCUGUUCUUGUUGAUGAAUUUAGUGUACCUUUCCAUCCAGAAUCACUUGUUUUAAAUGUUUACAAACGAGAACUUCAUACUCACGUUGAAAAUGGCUUAGGUUCAAAUCUACGAGCCCGUUUAAGUACAGCAUUAGCACUCAAUAUGGAAGCAUCUCAACGUGAAAUGACCAACCGAAUGGCUUCAUUAUUACCAGAAAGCAAAAGACAAUUAAGCUUGAAUAUUUUACCUAGAAGAGAACCUUUCGAAAUUUUAUAUCGACUUAACUGCGACAAUCUAUGUGCUGAUUUCCAUGAAGAUCUAGAGUUUCGAUUUUCCUGGGGUAUUACAGCACUAAUCAACAGAUUUGCUGGAAAACAAGGACAACGAUUAGCUAUUGCUAAUUAUCCACAAGAAAUUCCUCAAUCAAUAGUUUCACCAACAGACAGUGUGGAUUCUGUAAAAUAUGUAACUAGCUCAGUGAAUUUCCCAUCACGAAAUGAUGAUUGGUCUUUGGCUACUCGAAUAGCUAUUGCAUCCAUCACUUCACAGGGCACUAUGGGUGGCUUGAUCGUUGCUGGAUUUAUGUUAAAAACAGUCGGCUGGAGAUUAAUAGCCAUAACAGGUGCGAUUUACGGAGCAUUGUAUCUUUACGAACGACUAACUUGGACUAAUAAAGCUAAAGAACGAGAAUUUAAACGACAAUAUGUGGAUCAUGCUACUAAAAAAUUACGAUUAAUUGUAGAUCUUACAUCUGCAAACUGCAGUCACCAAGUGCAACAAGAAUUGUCAAGCACUUUUGCUCGAUUAUGUCAUUUAGUUGAUGAAGCAACAACCGAGAUGGACGAUGAAUUAAAAAAUAUUGCAAAAACUUUGAGAGUUCUCGAAGAAGCAGCUACCAGUGCUAAAGUGUUGAGAAACAAAGCAAACUACCUUGCGAAUGAGCUCGAAUUAUUCGAUGCAGCUUACAUAAAAUCGUUGAAUUAGUUAGAGAAUUUAAUUUUACAAUUAUAAAUUUUUUAGACCGGAAUUAUGUUUAAAGUGAUUUAUACCGUACUCGAAUUUAUCAACUGUCGUACUCAAUAAUGGAUUGUUAUUACGUGAUGAUCUAGUCUUAACGUUGAAAAUGAUUUUUCUUUUAUUUAUCAGCAAAGUUUAUUAUAAUUUCAAUUUCUUUGUCCUGAUUUUAUAAUUAAUUACACGUCAAUCGAUCAGAUUUUUUGAUUUGAGUUUUCUUUUUUGAUUUUGUAUAACAUUAUCGAUAUUUUAUUCUCUAUAAUAAACAGCAAUUUUUGAGUAAUUGAUGGUUCUAAAGCUUGUUGCUAUUUGGUUUCGAUUAUUUAAUAAAAUUCGCAACGAAUCGUUAUUAUCACAAAAAUGUAUA